AUGGCUGGCAAGAAAAAGUCCAAGAAGCCCGCGGCCAACCCAGCCCGUGGUUUCGCUACCACGUCUCUUCCUUCCAAGCCGAGAGAGGUCGCCGAAGACGUUACGCCAGUCAAACCCAACAACACCGAUACGAGCAAGGCCAAUGCCCAAUCAUCCAAAGACGCCCCCGCGACGAACGGAACUACCGCUCCUACAGAGGCCGCCAAGGCUGUGCCAGAAAAGACCUUGAGCCCCGAAGAGUUCGAACAACAGUUGGAAGAGUCCGCGUUGCAGUUGCUGGUCGAGAAGUAUGCGCCCAAGGUGCGCCGAGAUGCGCUGCGCCAAAAGACCCGUCUAGAGACCGACAGGCGCCUGCUACGAGGUCAGGCCGACUCCAUCAAUGCGAAAAAGUGGUUACCCCAAGAGUUGAUGGACGAUCUUAUGGAUCUUGUCCGAGCCGAGAGUCGUUUUGCUGCCUCGAGUCUUACUUCCGAGGGCGCAUCUAGCAGAUUGCCCCCAGAGGACGACCUCAUCAUCAAGCUAUGGACCCUCCAGGAGACCCUCGGAGGCGCCGACUUCCCACAAGAAAAGAUCCAGCCCGCUUUGAAGUUCGUCUUGGACAUUGCUCCUAAUAUCCCCGCUACGGCAAGGAGUGACACCAUUUGGGGCCUCGACGAAGUUCUGGACUGGCUAGCGAGAGAGUGUUCCAAGGAGGAGCUGCCUGAUUACAGUGGGCGCGCAAAGAAGUCGCAGACAGACACGCCUUCAGAAACUCCUCUACCGUCCGGCGCAGUCACUCCCCAGCUUCCCGAGCUAGGCCCGCGCGGCAAAAAGGGCAAAAACAUCACCUCCCGGCCAUCCCGAGCCCCCUCGCCGAAACGGUCAAAGGUCAUCUUUGACGAAUAUAUCGAGCCGGAUCAGUUGCUCCCCUUUUACCUCGAAACAAAGACCAAACUUUUCGAGAUCCAACGUCCUCGCUUGGAUAAUGCAAAGGGUAAAAAGAGCAAGGCCGAGGCAAACCCGAGUGAUCCCGAGGAGGCCCUUCUGUUAGCCAAGAUCGAGCGCGUCGAAAAGGAUAUCCUAUUCGACAAGUAUGUUGCUGAGCAAAAAUGGAGAGACAUGAAGAUCGACCUGGAAAAAGAUUAUGCGGCAAAUAAAAAGAAGAUCGUGGAGGAAGAGGAGGAGAAGAAGGAGGAGGCCCAAGCCGAAACUCCUGCUCCAACUGAGGCGGAUGAUAUUGCCGCCGAAGCUGAGCGCAUGGCGGCAGAGCUUCUUGCCGAAAACCCCGAUGACGAUGAUGAGGGUCUUGCCGGCAUGUUCGCCAGUCUUCCCGUUAAUGAGGUGGACCCGACGACCGGAAAGACCAACACAGUCAUGAACAACGCCGAUGGUUCCAAGACUCAGAUCAGGGACUUUGGAAAAUGGACUGGUGUGAGCCCAAUGCGUGCCCUAGAGGAGGCUUGUCGGUCCCGGGACAAUUCUGUUAAGAUCUCGUAUCAUAUUUUGUCGGAUGUUUCCUUUGCCAGCAAGCACGCGGUCAAGAUCCUCUGGUCUAAGCCCCAGGAGAUCCCCGCUCCUCCGGACUCGGACGACAUCGAAGUCUUCACGACGCCCACCCAGUUUGUGUUCAAGAUGGUAUCCAUUGCCACGCCUGAUGCAAAGCAGUCCGAGGCAUACAUUGCAACGAUCGCUUUGUUCCUCAUCUUUAGUUCUUCAGCCAAGGAAGAAAAGGUGGCCAUGAGGCUGCCUGUCGCCUGGAAGGAUCUUUGGUCAGAAAUGGCCGAAGCCAGGAAGAGCAAGGCUGACGAGGCAGAUCGCGCGGUCGUGAAACACUUGCGCGAUCUCGUUCGGAAGCGGAUGGACCAGGAAUUGGAGGACGGUGUCAUCAUCCAGGGUGCUUUCAAGGGCCGUGGUCAAUCCCGGAACCAGACAGACUCUGAGUCUGACCAAGAACGGGCAAAGCGCAACGCCCAGGACCCCGAGUAUUACCAGAGAAUCUGGUUGCAAAAGGCCAGCACACCUAGGUACCAACAGAUGUUGGUGUCUCGCAUGCAGCUUCCCAUGUGGCAGUUCCGGCAACAGGUUGUCGACACUGUCGAGAGAGAACAGGUGGUCAUCAUCUGCGGUGAGACUGGUUGCGGAAAGAGUACCCAGGUCCCUUCUUUCUUGCUUGAGGAUCAGCUCUUGAAGGGCAGAAACUGCAAGAUUUACUGCACGGAACCUCGCCGUAUCUCGGCCAUCUCUUUGGCCAAGAGAGUCAGCGAGGAAAUUGGUGAGGGCAGGGGUGAUCUUGGAACACCUCGGUCUCUGGUGGGUUAUUCGAUCCGUCUCGAGGCAAACACUUCCAGGGAGACUCGCCUUGUCUACGCUACCACUGGUAUCGUCAUGCGCAUGUUGGAGGGCUCUAACGACCUCAACGAGAUCACCCAUCUGGUUCUCGACGAAGUCCACGAACGCUCCAUUGACAGUGAUUUCCUCUUGAUCGUUCUCAAGAAGUUGCUCGCCCGGAGAAAGGAUCUCAAGGUGGUUCUCAUGUCAGCCACCGUUGAUGCUGAGCGUUUCUCCAACUAUCUCGGCGGAGCACCAGUUCUGAACGUUCCCGGCCGAACCUUCCCCGUCAAGGUCGCCUACCUUGAAGAUGCCGUCGAGUUGACUGGAUAUACUCUCGACGCGCGCAACCCUGUGGCAUCGAAACUUACUGAACUGGACGACGACGCGGAUGCCGAGGUCGAUACCUCUUCCAAGCCUGAGCUGAUUCAGUCUCUCAAGAACUACUCCAACAGAACUCGCAACACACUGGCGCAGAUCGACGAGUACCAGAUCGACUUUGAUCUGAUUGUUCAGCUGAUCUCUACGAUCGCAACCCAUCCUGACUACGUCGAUUUCAGCAAAGCCAUCCUGGUCUUCUUGCCUGGUAUUGCCGAAAUCAGGACACUCAACGACAUGCUGCUCGGCGACAAAUCCUUUGCCGAUAGCUGGCUGGUUUACCCGUUGCACUCGACUAUUGCUACCGAGGACCAGGAAGCCGCCUUCCUCGUGCCUCCUCCUGGUUUGAGGAAGAUCGUCUUGGCUACCAACAUUGCUGAGACUGGUAUUACCAUUCCCGAUGUCACCUGCGUUAUCGACACUGGCAAGCAUCGUGAGAUGAGAUUCGACGAGCGUAGACAGCUGUCCCGGCUGAUUGAUACCUUCAUCUCGCGGGCCAACGCCAAGCAGCGUCGUGGUCGUGCCGGUCGUGUUCAGGAAGGUCUCUGCUUCCACAUGUUCACCAAGCAUCGCCAUGACAACAUCAUGAGCGACCAGCAAACUCCCGAAAUGCUGCGUCUUUCCUUGCAGGAUCUUGCUAUUCGUGUCAAGAUUUGCAAGAUUGGUGGUAUCGAGGAUACCCUGGGCGAGGCGCUCGACCCGCCUUCCGCGAAGAAUAUUCGUCGUGCCAUCGAUGCCCUUGUCGAUGUUCGUGCUCUUACAGCCUCAUCGGAAGAGCUUACGCCACUUGGUCUCCAGCUGGCCCGCUUGCCGCUUGACGUGUUCUUAGGCAAGCUGAUCCUUCUUGGUGCUAUCUUCAAGUGUCUCGAUAUGGCUCUUACUGUGGCUGCCAUUCUUUCCUCCAAGUCACCCUUUGUUGCGCCUUUCGGACAACGUCAACAAGCGAACACUGUUCGCAUGGGUUUCCGCAAGGGUGACUCUGAUCUACUCACCGUCUACAACGCGUACCAGUCGUGGAAGCGUGUGUGCCAGUCGUCAACCAGCGGCGGUGCCGAGUUCCAGUACUGCCGGAAGAACUUCCUCUCGCCCCAGACUCUGGCGAAUAUUGAGGAUCUCAAGGGCCAGCUGCUCGUGUCUGUUGCCGACUCCGGCUUCCUCCAGCUGACCACCGAAGAGCGCCAGGUGCUUAACAGGCUCCGGUUUGGUGGAAAACGUCGGCACCAGAUCUUUUUCGAGGUGCCUCAGCGUGUCAACAUUAACAGCGACAAUGAGAUGAUUUGUCAGUCGGUCAUCGCUUGGAGUUUCUACCCCAAGCUUCUGGUUAGAGAUACACCCGGCAGUAAGGGCCUGCGCAACGUUGGCAACAACCAGAAUAUUAGCUUGCAUCCUAGCAGUGUCAACAAGGGCCAUAACGAGCUCAAGUGGUUGAGUUAUUACAACAUUAUGCAGACCAAGGGAAGCGUCUACAACGCCCACGAAACCACGGCCGUGGACCCCUUUGCCGUCGCCCUCCUCUGCGGCGACGUUCGUGCCGAUAUGUACUCGGGCGUGCUCGUCCUCGACGGCAACCGCGCCCGCUUCGCCGUGUCCGACUGGAAGACCAUGUUGGUCGUCAAGAUGUUGCGCACGAGACUCAAGGAGAUGAUGGCCCGCAGCUUCAAGAACCCUGGCAAGCUCCCCACGGCCCAGCACGAGCGCUGGCUGGAGGUCUGGCAGCGUAUUUUCACUACGGCGAUGGAGCAGAAGGAGAAGGCGGCGGCUAUGACGGCGACGACGGGCUUUUUGCAGGGUAGCUGGGAGUGGAAGAAGAGCCAGCAGGCGCAGGAUACUGGCACUGGCCCUUCGCUUAGAGCGGGCGGUUUGCCUCGGGACGACUGCCAUGGAAGCCAGGAGCCGGAUGCUGGCACUGGCACCGGCCCUUCGCUUAGAGAGGGGGGUUUGCCUCAGGAUUUUGACGACAAGCACAGAAACCAGGAGGAGCGUGAUGCUGACGAUCUUGAAGGUGCCAUGGCUCUUUUGAUGCUGGCGGCUUCCAAGUGA